AUGACCCACCCCCCCCUUUCCUUCCAAGAAUCAUUUCUUAAGAUUCAUGGCGGCACUCAUCGUGUUCCUCGCAUUCACACUAUCAUUAACCUUCUCCCUCGCCGCCAAUUCCAUUUUCCGGCGGCGGCGCCGCCCCAUUCCCCUCCCGCCGGGAUCCAUGGGGUGGCCGUACAUUGGCGAAACUUUCCAACUCUAUUCCCAAAAUCCCAACACCUUUUUCGCCAACAAACUCAAGAAGUAUGGCUCGAUUUUCAAAACCCACGUGCUCGGAUGUCCCUGCGUGAUGAUUUCUUGCCCCGACGCCGCCAAAAUCGUCCUGUCGACGAAAUCCCAUUUGUUCAAACCCACAUUCCCCGUCAGCAAAGAAAGAAUUCUUGGCCGACAGGCAAUUUUCUUCCACCAGGGAGAGUAUCAUUCCAGGCUCAGAAAACUCGUCGUUAAGUCCUUCACCCCCGCCGCCAUCGGAAACAUCGUCGCCGCCGUCGACGCCGUCGCCGCCGCCGCCGUCGCCGCCUGGGAAAACAAGCAAUUCAUCACCACUUUCCAGGAAAUGAAAACGUACACGUUCGACGUGGCAUUGAUUUCCAUUUUCGGAAAUGACGAGCUAAUGUACAGAGAAGAAAUUAAAAAAUGUUAUUACACCCUGGAAAAGGGGUACAAUUCGAUGCCUGUAAAUUUUCCAGGGACACUUUUCCACCAGGCGAUGAAAUCCCGGCGGGAGCUCUCCAAAAUCCUCGCCGAAAUCCUCAAACUCCGGCGGCGGCGCGCCGCCGGAAACCACCGCGACUUACUCUCUUCCUUCAUGGGAGUCUCCGAAACGGCGGCGGCGGCGCUUUCCGACGAGCAAAUCGCCGACAACAUAAUCGGCGUUAUCUUCGCCGCCAGAGACACCACCGCCAGCGUACUCACGUGGAUCCUUAAAUUCCUCGCAGAAAAUCCAACGGUUCUCCAGGCUGUCACUGAAGAACAGGAGAGGCUGAUUUUAUGGAAACAAGAAAAUUGCAAAGAAGAUGAAAUUAAGAAGCUGACGUGGACAGACACAAAAAAAAUGAUAAUUACAACGAGGGUUAUUCAAGAAACCCUAAGAAUUGCUUCCAUUUUGUCAUUUACUUUCAGAGAAGCUGUGGAAGACGUCGAAUUCAACGGAUAUUUGAUUCCAAAGGGAUGGAAAGUAUUGCCAUUAUUUAGGAAUAUUCAUCACAGCCCUGAUAAUUUUCCGGAGCCAGAGAAAUUUGAUCCGUCCAGAUUUGAGGUGAGUCCAAGGCCCAAUACAUUCUUGCCAUUUGGCAGUGGACCACACUCCUGUCCCGGCAAUGAAUUGGCAAAACUCGAGAUCCUGGUCCUCCUGCACCACCUCACUACAAAAUACAGGUGGUCUAUUGUGGGCCCACAAAAUGGUAUCCAGUACGGACCCUUUGCUCUUCCACAAAAUGGUCUUCCCAUCAAACUCCAUCUCAAAAAAUAAAAAAUUAAAAAAAUUAUUUAAAAUAAUAUAUAUAUAUAUAUAUUAAGUUCAAAUUAAAAUUUAAAAGGAAAAAAAAAAAAA